GUACGUUUGAAAUUGGUCCGCAUUGGCCGUUUCUGAUAAACCCCUUUUGUGAAAGCUCAAAACCCUAAUUUCUCCGAUUUCAAUCGGUUUCUCCAAAUUUCCUUCGUAUUCCUCUUCUUCACCACUAACAAAGCACAGGAAAUGGUGAGGCUGACUGCAGAUUUGAUUUGGAAGAGUCCUCAUUUUUUCAACGCCAUUAAAGAGCGCGAAUUGGAUCUUCGAGGAAACAAGAUUGCAGUAAUAGAGAACUUGGGUGCAACUGAGGAUCAAUUUGACACAAUUGAUUUAUCAGACAAUGAGAUUGUAAAGCUCGAGAACUUCCCUUAUUUAAACAGAUUGGGAACUUUGUUAAUGAACAACAAUAGGAUUACGCGUAUAAAUCCAAACAUAGGAGAAUUUCUGCCAAAACUGCAUACACUUGUUCUUACAAAUAAUCGACUGGUCAAUUUGGCUGAAAUUGAUCCACUUGCGUCCCUUUCAAAGCUGACAUUUUUAAGCCUAUUGGACAACAACAUUACCAAGAAGCCAAAUUACCGUUUGUAUGUGAUCCACAAAUUGAAAUCAUUGCGUGUGCUAGACUUCAAGAAAGUCAAACAAAAGGAACGUAAAGAGGCAGAGAAUCUCUUUUCUUCCAAGGAAGCUGAAGAAGAGGUAAAAAAAAUAGCUGUCAAGACGGUCACAUCUGAUGAGGUAUCUACUGCUGAGGAGGUUCCAAAGGAAGAGCACGCACCCAAACCUGUUGCUCCUACACCAGAACAAAUCAUAGCUAUCAAGGCUGCUAUUGUCAAUUCCCAAACGCUUGAAGAGGUUGCUAGGCUUGAAAAGGCACUAAAGUCUGGCCAACUCCCCGCUGAUCUGAAGAUUUUUGACAAUGAAGAAACCAAUGCCAGGACAGAUACCCAAGAUGACAAGAUGGUGACAGAUGGCCAAAGUGAGAUAAAUGUGCCGUCAGACGAUGCUGGGUCAGUCAACAAGACUGAGGAGCAUACAGCAAUGGAGCAAGAUUAAAUGAGCUUGGAAGGCCUUGUAUUUUGACUUUGGCGCUCAUCUUUCUAAUCCACAAGACUCGGCUAUGCAGCUUUAGCUCUUUGCUUUCCCUCCAUACAUAUUUGGUUAAGAGUGUUAAAUUCAUCAAUCAUCCACAUUUAUGUGUGUUUAUUGAUGCACGACUUGAGUUGUUUUGAAUGACAGUUUAGAUGCUGAAUUUUGGUGGUGGGAUAGUAAAAACUGGACAGUAGAUUGUAGUAAUGUUCUUUCAUGUAUAUUUCAUAUCUAAAACUUGAAUCUAAAGCCAAAAUUUCCUGGCUAGUAAUUUUCCUUUUUCUUGGCGAUUA